UGCGACAUGGAGACAAUGGACGGAGGAUGGACGGCAAUUCAGAAACGCGUAGACGGAUCAGUGAGCUUUUACAGAACCUGGACGGAAUAUAAAAAGGGUUUUGGUUCACCGGAACAGGACUACUGGAUUGGAAAUGACGUAAUCCAUCAGUUAACAAAAGAAAGCAAGUUAUUCCUUUAUGUUUCCAUCACUCUCCCGAAUGGUACAACGCUGUAUGAAAUGUACGAUGGGUUCUCUGUCUCCAAUGAAACAGAGAAUUACAAACUCUUUCUUGCCGGACCUGCCACGGGAACCUUAGGUGACAGUAUGUUUGACACUGGUAGCCCUGUUCACCAUGAUCUGUCAGGGAUGUCAUUCAGCACCCCAGACAGAGAUAACGACCCAUGGGGAGGUAACUGUGCUGCUAGUGACGGUGGAGGUUGGUGGUAUAACAAAUGUUAUACGGCCUUCCUUAACGGUCGGUGGUACUCGGAAGACUGGAUCAAUCCUUGGUAUCCUGCAGUAAGAAGUGGGACAUCCGUUAGGGAGACACUGAUGUUGAUCAAGCGUCACUAG